AUGUGGCCCAAAUUCGAUCCGAAAUCUACCAAUAUCAAUUUCGAGCCACUACCAAGAUUAUAUAGGGACGACGACGAGCAUUCUAGUAAAAGAUCUCCGAGCUUAACACAACGAUUUGUGAACGCUAUUGCCGUAUGUACUCAGUGCCUACUUCUGAUCUUCAUACUUCUUUCCAUCGCUAAAAUCGUUUAUGUAUUAUACAAUCAGGGUAAAUGGUCUCAGAAACAAUCAUACCUGGAAAAAUCGGAAGGUGAAGAAGAUCGCUAUGCACAAAUGUUCCAGGAGUUCAUCGACAGUUUCAACAAGAAAUACGCGUCCGAUGAAGAAAGAGCGUUCCGGUUUUCCGUCUUUGUCAAAAAUGUUGAAGAUUUCGAGGAGGAAGAGCGUAAACAUCCCGGUCUCGACCUCGACGUUACGAAGUUUGCUGACUGGACCGAAGAGGAAAUGAUUCGGGUUCGUAAGAAAAGAGAAAAUGGCUAUUCUGCAUCUUAA